UUAAAAAACAACAAAGCAAGAAACAUGUUUUAAAAAGCCAAGUCAUUGUCACUAGACAACCAUUUGAACCAUACAUUAUCUAACAUUCCCAUCUAACUACCUUUUAAUAGACAAAGUAAACUAUAAGUAUUCAACGUUGUUUUCCCUAAAAGAACGGCAACACUAUUUUCGAUUUCCUGCCGGACAAUUCCAAAGAUGCCUGACCCAGCUAACACAGAGAGGGAUCUGAGAGUAUAAAUAGUGGCAGUGAUUUUUUUUAAAACAAAGAGAAAAAUGCACUCGACUGAAACAAACGAAAAAGAAAGCUAGCUAAUGACCCUGGAAAAGAGAAGUGAUUGACCAUAGUAAAACAAGAACUCUCCUCUUGUACCCAAACCACUAUCGCCACAGACAGCAGCUUUUUUUAAUUUUUAUGCUUUUUUAAUUGGCAACCAAUUCUUACAACAUCCUUAACGCAUAGUCUAUUAGUAUCAAACUUGUUCGUUUUUUUGUUAAAAGUUUUCGUGAUAUUAUUCUUAGCUUGAAUGAUGCUACCUGUGACUGGUCCCUUUGGUAACAUCGGGGAGGCUACAAAUUGUUACACCCGUAAUCCCAAAUUGGGCAAAAUUGCAGGGAAGAGAACAGGGGCAAUACCCCCCAAGGAACAAUCGCAAUUGAGACUAAUAUGAAUUCUGGCUAUCCACGAAAGCAGCGAAGAGAACGAACGACUUUCACGAAAAAUCAGCUCGAGAUUCUAGAAGAGCUGUUCGCCAAGACUCGUUACCCCGACAUCUUCAUGAGAGAAGAAGUCGCCAUUAAAAUCAACCUUCCAGAGUCAAGGGUGCAGGUCUGGUUCAAAAACAGGCGCGCUAAAGCUAGACAACAAGCAAAGGGAGAAAGCAAACCCAAGUCGAAACCAAAGAGCCCCUCAACCUCAAAGGAGGGCUCAUCACUGCCGCCCGUCCUCCCUCCCUCGCCCUGUCGGUACGCAAGCUGCAGCGGGAACAUCUGGAGCCCUGCUCACGAGCCCGUCCGCCCCUCAACUUAUUCACCACACUCCAUGAUGAGCACGUCCAUGACGUCUUCAAAUGCAGGAGCAUUCAUGCCCCCUCCCCAGCCCCCUCCAUACUACUGCUCCAGCCCCAGCGGGCCGUAUAUGAGCAUGGAUCACGUGCAUUCCAUGGCGCCGAGAUAGUAGGAGCGCAGGGUAGUCAUUGGGCGCCAUCUACCAUAGGAACAUUGUUUAUACCGUGAAUUUAAAUGAAAAACAAAUAUUCUAUCAGAUUAAUUAAUAAGAGAUCAUUUUGAAGGUUUUAAAUAUAUUAUUAUAUCGAGAUGCCAAUCAAUGGAAUUAUAUCAGAAUAGAACGCGAUUAAAAAAAUUAUUAUUAGCAUUUUUAGAAUAGCAUACAACUUACAGAACGCUAUGCUGUAUAUAUCGCUUAUGAAACUAGAAGUAUAUCUCUAUGCGAUGCAAGGUUCUGUACAUAGCUAGUGCAAACGAAUGCAUGCUCUUCUUCUAGCGAGUUGUUAUUAGAUUAUUAGAUCACUUGAAACUUAAAGGUGCGUCUAUGUAACUUUAACGAUGAUUUGUGGUAAUCAUAUAGACAUCAUUUUGUUUGUGCUCCGAAUAAAUGGCUUAUCUGACCGCUAAA